UUUUUUUAGAUGGAUUAUAUUAUAAAGAAUAAACAUUCUUAUUUUUUCUUUAUUCCAUUUCUUUUUAUGUAGACAAACACGUCAAUAGUUCAUAUCCAUCCUUCACUACAAGAAGCAUCAGAAUGAUACCGCAAACUCCAAAAGUCUUAGACACCAAUGACUAUUCACAAACAUUGGGGAUAUCACAGCAGAUAUUUAAAGGAGAUGGUGAAUUGGCAGGGACUCGGCAGCAAUCAUUAUGUACAGAGAGUAAUUUAGUCAUCAAACAAGAGGACAACAUUUAUGCCUUAUCUAGUGAAAUUAUUAUCCCUGAGGAUAAUCCACACACAUUUACUGAGUUUUCAAAACAUAUUAAAGAAGGGAAAAGGCUACAGUCUAGCCAAAUAAUUGAUACAAAGGAGAAACCUUUCAAAUCUACAGAAUGUGAGAAAAGCUUUAGAUGGAAGUCUCAUCUACUAGAACACCACAAAAUUCACACAGGUGAGAAACUACACCCAUGUACUGAGUGCAGCAAAUGUUUUACACAAAUGAAUCAUCUGAGAAAUCAUAAAAAGAUUCACACAGGAGAAAAGCUUCUCACAUGUACAGAGUGUGGAAAAAGCUUUACAAAAAAGAGUAAUCUGAAAACUCAUGAAAGGAUUCACACAGGAGAAAAACCAUUCACAUGUACAGAGUGUGGAAAAAGCUUUACAGCAAAGGGUCUUCUGAAAACUCAUGAAAUGAUUCACACAGGGGAAAAGCCUUUCACAUGUACAGAGUGUGGAAAAAUUUUUACAUUAAAGAGUAAUCUGAAAACUCAUGAAAGGAUUCACACAGGGGAAAAGCCUUUCAUAUGUACAGAGUGUGGAAAAAGUUUUACACAAAAGAGUGAUCUGAAAAAGCAUGAAAGGAUUCACACAGGUGAAGAGCUGUUCACAUGUACAGAGUGUGGAAAAAGUUUUACAGGAAUGAGUAAUCUGAAAACUCAUGAAAGGAUUCACACAGGGGAAAAGCCUUUCACAUGUACAGAGUGUGGAAAAAGUUUUACAGAAAAGAGGACUCUGAAAAUUCAUGAAAUGAAUCACACAGGAGAAAAGCCUUUCACAUGUACAGAGUGUGGAAAAAGUUUUACAGUAAAGAGUAAGCUGAAAACUCAUGAAAUGAUUCACACAGGAGCAAAGCCUUUCACAUGUACAGAGUGUGGAAAAAGUUUUACACUAAAGAGUAGUCUGAAAACUCAUGAAAGGAUUCACACAGGGGAAAAGCCUUUCACAUGUACAGAGUGUGGAAAAAGUUUUUUACAAAAGAGUGAUCUGAAAAAGCAUGAAAUGAUUCACACAGGAGAAAAGCCAUUCACAUGUACAGAGUGUGGAAAAAGUUUUACAAAAAAGAGUCAUCUGAAAAGACAUGAAACUAUUCACAAGGGAAUUUUGGUUUCAUUUAAUGAAAUAUUUCUUGACUUCACUAUAAUUUUCAUGAGUCCUAAAGACGCUGUUUCGAGUACUUCGAACCAUUCAUUUGAGAGAUCAUUAUUCAGGUCAAAGGUUGGAAGGGAGGAAAACUCUGAGAUAUUUGAUCGCCCUAGUAGCCCACUUAAAAUCAAAAUUGAUUUCCAACAGUUUUUUGGUAUGACUGGGGAGAUGAACCUCAAUGGCUUCACACUUGUCGUUAUUAACCUUGUCAAUAGUUCAUAUCUAUCCUUCACUACAGGAAGCAUCAGAAUGAUACCGAAAACUCCAAAAGUCUUAGACACCAAUGACUUUUCACAAAUAUUGGGGAUAUCACAGCAGAUAUUUAAAGGAGAUGGUGAAUUUGCAGGAACUGGGCAGCAAUCAUCAUGUACCGAGAGUAAUUUAGUCGUCAAACAAGAGGACAACAUUUAUGACUUAUCUAGUGAAAUGAUUAUCACCGAGGAUAAAGAACACACAUUUACUGAGUUUUCAAAACAUAUUAAAGAAGGGAAAAGUCUACAGUCUAGCCAAAUAAUUUAUACAAAGGAGAAACCAUUCAAAUCUACAGAAUGUGAGAAAAGCUUUAGAUCUAAGUCACAUCUACUAGAACACCACAAAAUUCACAUAGGUGAGAAACCACACACAUGUACAGAGUGUGGAAAAAGUUUUACAGAAAAGAGUAAUCUGAAAACUCAUGAAAUGAUUCACACAGGAGUAAAGCCUUUCACAUGUACAGCGUGUGGAAAAAGCUUUACAGCAAAGAUUAAUCUGAAAACUCAUGAAAUGAUUCACACAGGAGAAAAGCCUUUCACAUGUACAGAGUGUGGAAAAAGCUUUACAAAAAAGAGUCAUCUGAAAACUCAUGAAAUGAUUCACACAGGGGAAAAGCCUUUCACAUGUACAGAGUGUGGAAAAAGCUUAACAUAUAAGAGUCAACUGGAAACUCAUGAAAUGAUUCAUACAGGGGAAAGGCCUUUCACAUGUACAGAGUGUGGAAAAAGUUUUAAGGAAAAUAGUAGUCUGAAAAAGCAUGAAAGGAUUCACACAGGGGAAAAGCCUUUCACAUGUACAGAGUGUGGAAAAAGUUUUACAGAAAAGAGUAGUCUGAAAACUCAUGACAUGAUUCACACAGGGGAAAAGCCUUUCACAUGUACAGAGUGUGGAAAACGUUUUACACAAAAGAGUGGUCUGAAAACUCAUGAAAGGAUUCACACGGGAGAAAAGCCUUUCCCAUGUACAGAGUGUGGAAAAAGUUUUACAAAAAAGAGUCAUCUGAAAACUCAUGAAGUGAUUCACACAGGGGAAAAGCCUUUCACAUGUACAGAGUGUGGAAAAGAUUUUAUAGAAAAGAGGAGUCUGAAAACUCACGAAAGGAUUCACACAGGGGAAAAGCCUUUUAUAUGUACAGAGUGUGGAAAAUGUUUUACACUAAAGAGUAGUCUGAAAACUCAUGAAAUGAAUCACACAGGGGAAAAGCCUUUCACAUGUACAGAGUGUGGAAAAAGCUUUACAAGAAAGAGUCAUUUGAAAACUCAUGAAAGGAUUCACAAGGGAAGAAACCUUUAAAAUGUUUAGAAAGUAUGGUUGCUACCUUUUGCACAGCCGAUUAUCUGACACUUUGCAAAUGGGCGUGGUUGAGGAUGUGGUUAGGGGUGUGGCUUCACAUGACCUUAAAGGGACAUUCCAGCCAAAUUUGGAAUCCACGUGUAUGCAUUUCAGUUUUGAGUAAAAGCAUUGUUGCAGUAUACAUGUAUUAGAAAAAAUGCUUCUAAUAAAAGUUAUAGUUGUGAUGUA